AUGUCGUGGCUUGGGCGCUUCCGUGGAGCGCGGAAGAUCUCGCCGCUCGAAGCUCGCAUUGGUCCAGUAGGCAGCAGACAGUUCGCGUCUGCUGUUAUUCGGUCCACCUCUCAUCGCCAAGCCAAACCUCCGAGUGCCCCGACGGUAAAAGACAUUCAACGAGCCAACAACUCGUCGCUUACAUUUGCUGAAGCCUUUGGCAAACGAGGACUGGUUAUAGUGGUUGUGGUGUUGGUUUCUAUCACGUGGACUGUGUGGUUAAUUAUUCUGACUGUCGCGCCGAACGAAGCCGCGAACUUCCUCACGAAGACGACGGAGUUUGACAACGGCCGCUUCUGGCUGAUUAUUGACCCUGACCCGGUCUUCUUGAUCGUUAGCGCUCUGAGUCUUGGGAUGCUCGUUCUUGUGUAUAUCGACGUGUUGCUGAAGAUGUCUGUGCAGCGGAAUAUGAUCCAUCCCGUGCGUCCGUUCAACUUGUUGAUCAACGUCAUGUGCCCUGGGAGGAGAGCACGGUCACAAUUCGAACGAAAUGUGCUCUCGUUCUGGUACUAA